AAAAAAAAAAAAAAUGGCUUGCUCCUCCUCAUCAACUUCGUCGCUCGUCGGCGAGUGGGAGGAGCUUCCACCGGAGUUAACUCCUUCGAUUCUAGGACGGCUUAGCACGGUUGAUCUACUGAAAGCUCAGAUGGUGUGCAGAUCGUGGCGAAGCAUCUCAAAAGACCCAUCGAUGUGGCGGAAAAUCGAAUCGGUAAACCUGGCAUUUCACUCUGAGGAAAUGUGGCGUCGCGCCAUUGAUCUCAGCGAUGAUGGUUUGGUCGAGAUCAGUAUUGAUCUUACGCACUGGGGUGAAAAUAUACUCGCCUACAUGGCCGAUAGGUCAAGUCGUCUGAGAAGCCUUACACUAACAUCAACCGAUUUCUUCUUGAGAGAGCAAUUUGUCGAAGCAGUUGUGAAACUUCCAUUGCUUGAAUACCUCCAUCUUCCAGAGUGCUUCUUAUUAUUGACAGAAAAGUGUGAAAGUUGUAGGCCAGUCUUGUCCAAAUCUGAAAACGUUGAAGCAAAACUGCUUCCAAUGCUUAGUUUUUACUGACGAUGAUGAGAUAGCACUAGCAAUUGCAGAAACCAUGCCCGGACUACGCCACCUUUCCGGAAACGGCCUAAGUAACACAGGCUUGAACGCCACUCUUGACACUUGUCCUCACCUGGAACACCUAGAUUUACGCAAUUGUUUUAACAUUCACCUUUACGGGAAUCUGGAGAAGCGAUGUUUGGAGAGGAUCAAAUUUCUGAGACGCCCCAAUGACGACCCAUCAGAAAUAGACCCAUCAGAAGACCUAUCAGAAAAACGGUUCGAUGAUGUGACAUCAGAUGAGGACGACACUUUGAUGAUGAAUGUUUAGUCAAGGCGAUGUGCUUGAAGAGCAGAAAACACAUCAAUGACUCAACGUACCUUUAAUUCAAGCAGGUUGGUUCUUCUUCCUUGGGAUUAGACUUGGUGAACUGUUUCGUGCUUGAGCCUUGAUUCACUAUCAACAAAUCGUUUCGAAUGACAUCAACCAAUUUAGAGACUCUUAUAUAUAGUUUAUAUUAUAUGGGAUUGUAUCAAACCGGAAUCAGCUACAUUUGCUUCAAUCAAGCUCUCUGGUAAACAAAUCCCAAUCAAAAAGAAAAACACUUUCUUUUUUUACUUCGACGGUAGGUUGAUAAUAAUGGGCCUACGAACCGUUAAUGGGCUCAUUAAUAUAACCCAUUAAAUAUCAAAACUUAGAAGAUAAACGUCUAUAUGGCAAAGAUUCUCAAUCCAUACCACACAUUGUGUUUGGUUUUGGUUAUGUCGUCAAUCAUGUACGAAGAAUAAAGUGUACUACAACAAAAGAAAAAAAAGACAUGGGAGAUGUAGUAGUUGAAGUGAUCUCUAAGAGCAUAGUUCGACCAGAUGAGAGCUACAACGAGGAAUCGGAUCGAGUUAAGAUCCAUCUCACUCCAUGGGAUCUCUUCUUUCUUCGAGCCGAAUACGCACAGAGAGGUCUUCUCUUUCCUCAACCCGACCCGGAUACCCAUUUCAUCUCUCGGUUAAAAUCCUCUCUCUCCGUCGCUUUGAACAUCUUCUACCCAUUCGCCGGUCGUCUCGUCAAGAUCGAGAACCAACACGACGGAACUGCGUCGUUUCACGUCGACUGCGAUGGUUCAGGUGUCAGAUUCGUCCACGCUUCAGCUAAAUCCGUUUCGUUGAGUGAUGUUUUAGAACCUGCCGAUGGUCAUGUCCCUGAGUUCUUGAAACGUUUUUUCCCGGCGAACGGAGUUACAAGCUGUGACUGUGAAGGGAUCUCUGAUUCGUUAAUCGCGUUUCAAGUGACGGAGCUUAAAGAUGGAGUCUUUAUCGGAUUUGGUUAUAACCAUAUCGUUGCUGAUGGGACUUCGUUUUGGAGUUUCUUCAACACUUGGUCGGAGAUUUGCUUUCACGGCGGGUUUGAUUCCGAUCAUCGGAGAAAGUUUCCUCCUUUGGUUCUCCGGGGAUGGUUUCUCGACGGGAUUGAGUAUCCGAUUCGAAUCCCGAUCUCAGAGACGGAGACGCCACCGAACCGGGUUGUUGUUCUUGGUACUUCAUCGUCAUUACAAGAGAAGAUUUUUCGAUUCACGAGCAGAAACGUCUCUGAGCUCAAAGAGAAAGCCAACGGCGAGGUUAGUGCCGAUGAUCGGAGAAUCUCGUCGCUUCAAGCGGUGUCGGCGUAUAUGUGGCGAGCGAUAAUCAGAAACAGUGAAUUGAGUCCGGAGGAAGUGAUUUGUUUCAAGUUACUGGUGGAUAUGAGGCAAAGACUAAACCCUCCGCUCGAGAAAGAGUGUUUUGGGAAUAUGGUUGGGUUCGCUACGGCGACGACCACCGUAAGGGAGAUGCUUAACAAUGGGCUUGGUUGGGCUGCUCUGCAGAUAAACAAAACUGUUGGUUCGCAAACGAAUGAAAUGUUUAGAGAGUUUGCUGCGAAUUGGGUGAAGAAACCGAGUAUAAUAUUAAUGAAUGGUAAUGAGGCAUCGAGCAAUUCUGUAGUAGUUGCUAGCUCUCCUCGGUUCAAUGUGUAUGGGAAUGAUUUCGGUUGGGGUAAACCUAUUGCGGUUCGAGCUGGACCGGGUAAUACUCGUCAUGGCAAACUCAUUGCUUAUCCGGGAGUUGAUCAAGGAGACAUCGAGAUUCACACGUAUUUAUCCUCUGCUGUUUUGGAGAAAUUAUCGACUGAUGCAGAGUUCUUGAAACAUUUAUGUGUUGUAUAGAAGAAAAAAGUUGAAUCUUUGUGUUAUAUAAUAGAUAAGUUUUCUUUUUCUAAUUUUGUAAUUUAAUUGAAGUUUUCUUUUUGUUAAAAAUAAUUUAAUUGAAGUUAACCUA